GCCGCCUUAGCGGUAAAGUGGCGAGUUGCGAUGAACAGUUGGUGUACAAGAUGACGAACAUAGAGUGCAUCGGAAACCCGGAGCGUGUGAAAAAUAUCGCCUGCAAUUUAAAAGCGGUCAACUCCUAGGGCUAGGGCAACUAGGGCCAUCGCUAACAUGGAUUGUUACCUCCCCGUCCCACUGUGUAACCCUGUGGUAAGCUGGAAGAAGACUAGCUAAGAGCCAAAAGUGAUCGCCCAUCUCUGAUAGAUUCGGUUGCAGCUCUUCAAGAGGGACUAUAGCAACCAGUGGAAGCCUUUCCUGGUGGAUGUGUCUGUUACCGUAGGCGACGUGAUGUCUAGGAGGAGCUUCCUGCCAUACGGUGUCAUCAUGUGGAAGAUGUUGCAGCGUUUCACUAACGUCAACCACUCUUUCCCGAUUUCGGUAUGGGUUGUGUUUCUUGCGUUCCCUUGUGAGAUAUCACUGACAUCCGCUACGUUUACUCAGGGUCAUCUAUUUGCUCGGAAUGGUUAUCUGGACCCAUCAUUGGUACCACCCUUUCCUCUUGGGCUCUACCAGGUCAGUGCUGUGGAUAGGAAUUCCAGCAUUAGCGAGUACGUGGGCACCGCCAAGUUCUAUAUGCAGUCCAUGUUGCCGGUGAAGAGCAAGAAAAGGCCUAGACCUAAGGCCCAGGAGCCCUAAGACAUCUCAGGAUGUAUUCGGAAUAGAACUGAUAAUUGGAACUUUUUUCAUUAUUUUCUUUCUAUAUAUUUUCAUUUCUCAGCGCGUUUACAUGUUCUCGUUCGGUUUCAGUGUCUGUUUGAGUCCACUUGUAUAUACUAUGCCGUGUGUGUUCUGUUUGUGUGUAUAUAUAGUUCAUAUAAUAUAUAUAUAUAUAUAUAUAUAUAUAUAUUUUGUUUUGAUUAAAUUAGAUACAUUUGAAUCAACAGCAGUUGAGGUCUGGCUCUGGGAUCUGCAUCUGCAUCUGCAACUGCAUAUGCCCGUACGGAUACGAAUGUAAACUCAACUGUUGCUUGGCCAUAACCGAAAAUAAACCCGUACGUACGUACGUACGUGUGGUAUAUAUGUACGUAGUACGUCUGCUAAUGAUAAUGGAUUCAUAAUUGAGUUCCCUCUGCAAUUCAUUAAAGCGGUUUGUAAUAUUAACGUUAUGUUUAUGAUAUAUCGAAUACAUGUCUAUAUAUAUCUCGCACUGGAUAA